AUGGCCGCCGCCGGCUCCGGUGCUGACAAGGAGAACGCCGCUCCUUCGACCUCGGCCGCCGCGGCCGGGCCCCGGCGGCACGGGUACGGCGUAAAGAGCUGCGGGGUGAAGAAGCGCCCGUCCAGGGCGGCGCGGUGGGCGGGGCGGGUGCCGCUCCGGGACAUCACCAACCUGGUGGCGGCGGCCGCGGGGCCCGAGGCGCCGCUCGCGCUCGGGCAGGACGCGGCGCCGCCAGCCGCGGCGGAGCUGGCGAAGAAUCCCGAAGAGGCGGUGCCGGCGGUGGCGGGAGCGCCGGGGGCGCAGGACGGGGCGGCUGCUGGUGGCGCCGCGGGGAAGAAGGCGGCUGCUGGUGGCGCGGCGGCGAAGAAGGCUGCCGCUGCGCCCAGAUACUCACUCCGGAAGGGGUUCAGAUAG